CGCGGAGAUCGCGAGAGCAGGCGCCUGCGCGGGAUUUCGGAUUUAAAGUGACAAGGACCCGCUAAAGACUCUGACGGAGGGGGCGGAGCCUGAGCGUGGGCGUGCCGAGCUGCCGCCGCGCGUUUGUCCUGGUCGGCGGGGCCGGGCGCGGUGCAGCAGACUCCGAGACGCGACGGAGGCGCGAGAGGGGAACGAGAGCCUCGUGAAGGAGUGGGCCCUUUGUUUCUUCGCGGGAAGGGCCUGCUGCCGGGCGUGUGUUCGUGGACGGUCCUGUUGUAGCGGAAACCUUAGUCCCCAGCCCUGCGUACUCGGUUCACGUCGGACCGGACUGUGUCUCUCACCCCGGGCCCGCCAUGGCCCAGCAGAGAGCCCUGCCCCAGAGCAAAGAGACGCUACUGCAGUCAUAUAACAAGCGGCUCAAAGACGACAUCAAGUCCAUCAUGGACAACUUCACUGAGAUCAUCAAGACGGCCAAGAUUGAGGAUGAGACGCAGGUGUCGCGGGCUACUCAGGGCGAACAGGACAACUACGAGAUGCACGUUCGAGCUGCCAACAUCAACAUAAAACAGACUUCCAGAACCCACUGUCGGCCCAGCACCAAUUACACAGAGCACGGCCACUGUCUCUGCCUCCUUUCAUGUUUUACCCUGAUUAUGAUGGUGCAGGUCCGAGCUGGUGAGUCAUUGAUGAAGCUGGUAUCCGAUCUCAAGCAGUUUCUGAUCCUCAAUGACUUCCCAUCUGUGAAUGAAGCCAUUGACCAGCGUAACCAGCAGCUUCGAGCCCUGCAGGAGGAGUGUGACCGCAAGCUCAUCACCCUGCGGGAUGAGGUCUCCAUUGACCUGUAUGAGCUGGAGGAGGAGUACUACUCGUCCAGCUCAAGUCUCUGCGAAGCUAAUGACCUGCCUCUAUGUGAAGCUUACUGGAGGCUGGACCUCGACACAGAUUCUGCUGAUGGCCUCUCAGCCCCUCUUCUGGCGUCCCCGGAGACUGGUGCUGGUCCCUUGCAGUCUGCAGCCCCUGUCCACUCCCAUGGUGGUGGCCCUGGCCCUACAGAACACACCUGAGCCUCUUGGGGUACUGUCUCAGGGUAGCCUUCCCGAGGGUCCUAGUUUAUCAGAAAGGAAGUCCUGUGGAUACCCACCACAGCCUAGCUUUUUUCAGUCUUAGCUCCCUUGGGGACUUUGGAUCAGGAGCCACUGUAGCCUUAGGAACCUGGCCAGGCCAGGGCCAGUUCCCUGUGAUAGUUGGGGAAUGCUGUUCAGUUAUUUACAGGCAGGUGGCUACCUUCCUGACUGCCGGGUGGAGGUUUGUCCCAUUGAAGACCUUGCAUAGGGAGGGUGACUGCUGAUAGGAAGACAGCCCCAGCUUGUUUAGAAUUGUGAGGUAUUCAGUGGACCUUAGUCCAGCCACCCAUCCUUAGGCUCAGGUUCUAUACAGAGCCCUGUCCACUGCCUGGGGCCUGGAGCAUAGAAGUCUGCCACAGCUGACAGUCCAAGAAGGUUGUGUGAGCGGCAGCUAGCCGGGGCAUCUUCCUGGAUUCUCCACCAUUUUCUUCUGCUACUUUUGUGAUGAGACCGUUGAAUAAAACAUCAGCUUUCUGUGCUGUUGUCUUUCUUUCCUGGUCAGUCCAAGAUUGCCCUUGGGUUCCUUGAGUAACAGCUCUUCCUCCUUGUAUAGCUUUGGGCUCCUAGUAUCUAGUAAGUCCAUGAUGUACAAUAUGAAUAAAAACAUCUGCUGUUACCGCAA